GGGACACUUUUCACCUGAGGCACUCACCCCACCCUGCCAAAUCCCUCCCAGUAUUUCUCCCUCCAACUUCCCUUCUUCUCCCUCCUCUCCUCUUCUUUCCCUCUCCAACCAUCUCUUUCUUCUCCUCACAUAGUAUUCUUUACUAUACCACAAUCAUCCUUCACAAUGGCCACCUACGCCCUGUCGCAGGCCCACCGGGACCAAAUGGAGAAGUCUCUCGUUGAGAGUGAUCCCGAGAUUGCCCAGAUCAUGGAAAAAGAGAUUCAGCGUCAGCGUGAAUCCAUUGUCCUAAUCGCUUCGGAGAACUUCACUUCCCACGCCGUCUUCAAUGCCCUUGGCUCUCCCAUGUCCAACAAGUACUCCGAGGGUUACCCCGGUGCCCGUUACUACGGUGGUAACCAGCACAUCGAUGCCAUCGAGCUCACAUGCCAGGCACGUGCCCUCAAGGCCUUCAACCUCGACCCCUCCAAGUGGGGUGUCAACGUUCAGUGCUUGAGUGGAAGCCCUGCCAACUUGCAGGUCUACCAGGCUCUGAUGCGUCCCCAUGACCGCCUGAUGGGUUUGGAUCUUCCCCACGGCGGCCAUCUGAGUCACGGAUAUCAGACCCCUGCGAAGAAGAUCUCCGCUGUCUCCACUUACUUCGAGACCUUCCCCUACCGUGUCAACCUCGAGACUGGCAUCAUUGACUACGAUGCCCUGGAGGCCAAUGCUGAGCUCUACCGUCCCAAGUGCUUGGUUGCCGGUACCUCUGCCUACUGCCGCCUGAUCGACUACCAGCGUAUGCGCAAGAUCGCUGACAAGGUUGGCGCUUACCUCAUUGUUGAUAUGGCCCACAUCUCCGGAUUGAUCGCUGCCGGUGUCAUCCCCUCCCCCUUCGAGUACGCCGAUGUGGUUACUACCACCACUCACAAGUCACUUCGUGGUCCCCGUGGUGCCAUGAUCUUCUUCCGCAAGGGUGUGCGCAGCACUGACCCGAAGACCGGCAAGGACAUCAUGUAUGACCUUGAGGGUCCUAUCAACUUCUCCGUUUUCCCUGGCCACCAGGGUGGUCCUCACAACCACACCAUCACUGCUCUUGCUGUUGCUCUCAAGCAGGUUGAUACCCCUGAGUUCAAGCUGUACCAGCAGCAGGUCCUGAACAACGCCAAGGCUCUCGAGAGUGAGUUCAAGCAGAUGGGCCACAAACUUGUUUCCGACGGUACCGACAGCCACAUGGUCCUGUUGGACCUCCGUCCCAAGAGCUUGGACGGUGCUCGUGUUGAGGCUGUCUUGGAACAGAUCAACAUUGCUUGCAACAAGAACUCCAUCCCUGGCGACAAGUCCGCCCUCACCCCUUGCGGUAUCCGUAUCGGUGCCCCUGCCAUGACUACCCGUGGCAUGGGUGAGGAGGACUUCAAGCGCAUCGCUCACUACAUCGACCAGGCCAUCAACAUCUGCAAGAAGGUCCAGAGCGAGCUGCCCAAGGAGGCCAACAAGCUCAAGGACUUCAAGGCCAAGGUUGCCUCCGAGACCGUUUCCGAGAUCCUGGAGCUGCGCAAGGAGGUUGCCGCCUGGGCCUCUACCUUCCCUCUCCCCGUUUAAAUGUGAUACCAAAGUGUUUUAGUGUUUCAUUUGUUUCGUCUUGCGAGUUCAACAUCAUUGUGUCAAAAAAAGGGAUUGGAUGUGCGUUUCUAGGGGUUUAUAUCGGUCUGCUUUUUCAACCUUACGCGGGUCAUGGGAUAUGAGUACGUGAACGAACAAUAGCAUCGGAUGGCUUUUUUCAACACCUCUUCAACAGGACAAAAGUUCAUGUCUUCAUUUUUGGGCUGGGAAAUCCAGCU